AUGGCAAUGGAAUGCAUCGCAACGCUCCCUCAAAGUUUCAAUGACAACAAAACCAAACUCGAAGAUCCUUCGAUCUUCGAUCCGAAGGUAAUAAAUCAGCAACUAAACCGCAUACCUCAACAGUUUGUAUGGCCCGACCACGAGAAACCUUCCACAAAUGUUCAACCUCUCCAAGUCCCUCUCAUUGACCUCGCCGGUUUCCUCUCCGGCGACUCGUUCUUGGUCUCGGAAGCCACUAGACUCGUCUCGGAGGCUGCACAACAACAUGGCUUCUUCCUAGUUACUAACCAUGGAGUUGAUGAAACGCUCUUGUCUCGUGCCUAUCUGUUUAUGGACUCUUUCUUUACGUCUCCGGCUUGUGAGAAACAGAAGGCUCAGAGGACUUGGGGUGAGAGUUCGGGUUACGCUAGUAGCUUCGUUGGGAGAUUCUCUUCUAAGCUCCCGUGGAAAGAAACACUGUCGUUUAAGUUCUCUCCCGAGGAAAAGUGUCAUUCCCAAACCGUUAAAGACUUUGUUACCAAGAAAAUGGGAGAUGGAUACGAAGAUUUCGGGAAGGUUUAUCAAAAAUACGCGGAGGCUAUGAACACUCUAUCACUAAAGAUCAUGGAGCUUCUUGGAAUGAGUCUUGGGAUCGAGAGGAGGCAUUUUAGAGAGUUUUUCGAAGACAACCAGUCGAUAUUACGACUGAAUUACUACCCGCAGUGCAAGCAACCGGAGCUUGCAUUAGGGACAGGACCUCACUGCGAUCCAACAUCUCUAACCAUACUUCAUCAAGACCAAGUCGGUGGUCUUCAAGUUUUUGUYGACAAUCAAUGGCAAUCCAUUCCUCCUAACCCUAAAGCAUUCGUAGUGAACAUAGGCGACACCUUCAUGGCUCUAACGAAUGGAAGAUACAAGAGUUGUUUGCAUCGGGCGGUGGUGAACAGUGAGAGAGAAAGGAAUACAUUUGCAUUUUUCCUAUGUCCGAAAGGAGACAAAGUGGUGAAGCCACCAAAAGAACUAGUAGGAGGAGGUAUGUCUGGUGAAAGAAGAGAGUAUCCUGAUUUUACAUGGUCUACGUUUCUUGAGUUCACACAAAAACAUUAUAGAGCAGACAUGAACACUCUUGAAGAGUUCUCAAAUUGGCUUAAGAACAGAAGAAGUUUCUAA